CUAGGUUCAGGGCUGCAUGGUCUUGGCAUUGGCGCAGUUGGGCUUGAUUGGUCCAGCAUAUCCUCUUAUCUUGGGAGCCCGCUCGCCAGUCCAUGGUUUGCUACGGCCAACGUUGCUGCUGGUGUUUUCCUCGUGUUGUAUGUCAUAGCUCCUCUGGCUUAUUGGCUCAAUUUAUAUAAUGCCAAAAAUUUUCCCAUAUUCUCGGAUGGUCUGUUCACAUCUACUGGCCAGAGCUACAACAUAUCAGCUAUAAUAGACCCUAACUUCCGCCUUGACAUUGAUGCAUAUGAGCGAGAGGGCCCUCUCCAUAUCAGCACCUUUUUUGCUAUCAUUUAUGGUGUCAAUUUUGCCUGCCUUACUGCCACUGUUGUUCAUGUUCUCCUUUUCAAUGGGAGUUUUGUUCAAUGGACAUCACUUGGUUGCACUUUUAAUGGUUUAAUGGCUUACUAUAUUGCUUUAAAUAGUGUAAGAGACAUCUGGCAGCUAAGCACAUCUGCCUUCCGCAAGAAGAAGAUGGAUGUGCACACAAAGCUCAUGAGAAAAUAUAAGCAAGUUCCUGGAUGGUGGUUCAUGUGCAUCCUGGUGGCUAACAUAGUGGCGACCAUAUUUACAUGCCAUUAUUACAACGAUCAACUCCAAUUGAAAUGGUGGGGUGUCUUUAUUGCUUGUGGUUUAGCCUUGUUUUUCACUCUUCCUAUUGGAGUCAUUACUGCCACAACGAAUCAGAAACCAGCGUUGAAUGUGAUCACUGAGUACAUUAUCGGGUACCUGUAUCCAGGAUAUCCAGUUGCUAACAUAUGCUUUAAA